CUGGCGCUUGGAGUAAACUCUAAAUUUCUACGUGGAUCAGAAAGUCCAAGACAAAUAAUGGCAAAUAACCCAAAAAAGGAGGAAGAUGGUGCCAAUGACUGGGAUCAAAGUGACGAGGACGACAAUUGGGACGACUGGGGCGACGACGAGGACAAGUUCGUCCACGUGGAGAAGGAACAGCAGCAGGAUGAGAAACCCCCAACCAAAAACGACGCAAAAACGGCAGAGAAAAAUCUGGAGAAACCGGAAACUCCAGAAGUUACCCCAACCACAGCCACGACAUCUUCUUCGUGGGGUCUGUGGGGCGGAAAACUUAGUUCUGUGCUAAGCACUGCCACCGAAGGGUUGGGCACCAUAACCACGCAAGUGAAUCAGGGUCUUAAUCAAAUCAUAGGAGUGCCCGAUCCCGAGGAGCUGGCUCGCAUGAAUGUAGCUGAAAAGGCAGAAAAAGCUGCCAAGGAGCCAAUAGAGAAAAAGGAUAAAGAACCAGAGGAACCCAUGGAAGAUGAGAGCAAAUCUGCGCAACCCUUUGGACUGGGUUUCGUUUCCAAUUUGGGAUCCAAGGUCCUCAACACAGGACUUGACACUCUCGAGGGUAUUGGCAAGAAGACCAUGACCAUUCUGCAGGACAACGAUCCCAAGCUGAUGAACAAGAGGAAACUCCUCGGCCUGGAGACCAACUCACCCAAUUUAAGUGCCGUGCUACUUGAAGCAAAAAAAGAUGCCGACCAAAUGGAGCAAUCCCUGCACCAAUUGCAGUUGGAGAAACAGAAGGCCCAGUUGUGCUUCGAUGUCCUUUUCGAGCAUUACUGCGGCCUGGUGCAUUUCGAGGCCCUCGAAAUCCUAUCCAAGGAAUCGCGCCUCAAGUUGGAUACCCUUUUGGAUGCAGUUAGUGGUAAUGCUCUGGCCGAACUCCAGGAGACCAUCAACGAAGUCAAAGAGCUGCUCGACUUGGAGGAUCUGGAUGUGGAGAGCGAAGGCGACUACGAGCCGCAGGAGCUGAGCGAGCGACUGUCGGACACCAUUAAAGAUGCCGAGCUGGGUAUUCAAUUCGAAGAAAUAGCCAAGCAUUGGACGCAGUCCCUCGAAUGGCUGAACUCCGAGGAGGCCACCUCCGGCGAUCUGGAUCAAGCCUAUGCCAAGAGCAUCCACGCUUUGAGCGAAGCGUGCGCUCUGGAAAUGUGCAAACUACACAAAAUUGCCGAGCUGCUGCUCGUAAAACCACAUCACAGCACCGCCAACGAAGUGGAUGGCGUGGUCAAUCUCUGCCAGCAAUUUAAUGGGCACCUCCAAGGACUUAGCCACCGAUUUGCCGCCGUUCUGAGCGGCAAACCGGAACCGGCUGAAGCCAAAGCCAGAGUCAGCACAUUCUUCUCCGAAAUGCUUUCUGCCGUUCAAUUUAUUGAAAAGGCAUACAAACUUUUCACGCCCAUUUUGCAAAUGGGAGCUGUCUAGGCGGAUGAUUUUAUUAUAAUUGUUGUACUUGCUAUUUUUACGAUUACUCGGUUUAUGUCCUCAACACUCUUGUUUUCCAUAUAUAUGUAUACAAAGUAUAAAUGAUUGCGAUGAAAAUGCUUGUGAUAACAUUCCAGA